CAGUAGUUAUCAAACGGAGAGAGAGAAAAUCAAGUAAUUUCUCCUUUCAAUUCACGCUAUAUCAUCGUAAUCUACAAUUUGUUCCACCAACAAAAUCAAAGUAUAACCGCCUUGAACCUCAAGAAGGAAAGGACUGGAAGUUUGGAAAGAGAGGAAGAAACCCAUAUUUGAUUUUGGCAGAAAAUUGGGAAUUUCAAUAUACGAUUCAUAUAGAAAGGGGGGAAAGUUUAUAAAUGCGGCAGCUCAGGCUAUUCAGUCUCAGCUCCCUUUUGUAGUGACAUUUGUCUUCGUUUUGGAAAAAUAAAAUUCUGUGAGCAUGUGUAUUUUUUAGAGAGAGGGUUUUAGGAUGAAAUUCAAAGGGGGAGUAGGGAGGAAGAAAAGUUCAAGCCCUUCAAUGGAGGUUGCUGUGGGUUCAAUUCAGGACGCCAUGGAUAGUGGUGAAGUUCAUGGAGGCAACUCGGAUUACGCGAAUGUGAACAUCAACAACAAACCCAUUAAUGGCUCUGAGCCUUCGAAUUCCCAUUUGACAGAGACCCAUCAAGAUCAAAACCUAGAAGAGGUUGAUGAUGAUGAUGGCGAAGGGGAUGAAGAAGAUGAACAGGAUGGAGAUGAGGCUGCUUUUGCUUCUCAGAGAACUAAUCUCGAUGAUGGGUUUUAUGAAAUUGAAGCAAUUCGUCGAAAAAGGGUUCGUAAGGGCCAGCUUCAGUACUUGAUCAAAUGGCGUGGCUGGCCGGAGACGGCUAAUACUUGGGAGCCCUUGGAGAAUCUCCAUACAUGUUCAGAUUUCAUCGAGGCGUUCGAACAGAGUUUAAUGACGGGAAAACAGCGGAAACGGAAGCGAAAACAUGGGGUUGUUCAUACUCAAACCAAGAAAAGGCAGCACCAGCAGCGAGGCAGUUUUUCAGCUUACAAUGUCACAGAUGUUGAAAUCAGUGUUGUUGAUCAACGUCUGCCCUCUGCUCCUUUAAACAUGUCUAGCUUGACUAAUCCUCAUGCUCAUUCACAAUCACUAGUUUAUAAUCACGAAGGAGAAAAGAAUGGAGAUGUAACUGCUAUUGAAAGAGGCAAGCAAACCGAUAUUGAUAAUAUGGGCAGGAAAGCUACUCAACGAUCUGAAUGGAAGAAAGAUGAACAUGAGUAUGACCCUAAACUCAGUGAGCUUAAGGCAACAGUAUUAACAAAUAUAGCCAUUACCGAUAAGCAUGUAAUCAAUUUUCAAGAUUCCAGGGCAACAGAGAACAAUGGCUCUGCAGCUGGUCUUUCUAAAGGUGCCUUUGUGGAACCAGUUACUGAUAAUCGGUGCACUGGGGCUAGGAGAAGGAAGUCUGGUUCAGUUAGAAGGUUUAGACAUGAUUCAACUUUAUCUGCACUGCCUAGGUCUCAAAAUGCAGAAUUGACAUUAGCUGUUGUAGAAUCUGGUGCCAGAGUGGAACCGAUAGGGGUUGAGAAUUCUGGAUAUCAUGGAGAAAGUUUAAGUCGUAAUAACAAGACUGAUGACGCCAGAAACGAAAUGAGUAUCACCAAGAUUAUUAAACCGUUAGGGUAUUCAGCUUCUGUGUCAAACAACAUGCAGGAUGUGUUGGUAACUUUUGUGGCCAUGAGGUCUGAUGGAACAGAAGUGGUGGUUGACAACAAAUUUCUCAAGGCUAUCAAUCCCCUAUUGUUGAUCAACUUCUAUGAGCAACAUCUACGCUAUACUACCAGAUCAUAAAUUGCAGAUCUAUGAACGGUACGACUUAUCAGGAUCCCUAUUUUGUUAAUUAUUUACACUUUAGAUCCAUUUGUACUGCCUCUUGGUGCUCAAGAUCGAUUAGUAAGGAGAUGAUUAAGCAAGGUCUACAAAUAUUUAGCCAUAACAGUAUCCUUUCAUCUACGGUCAGGCUGUGCAGAACAGAGAUUAGAAGUAAGAGGAUUACAAUGAUGAAAUUAAUGUUUUUUAAGUAACUGUCUUGUUCUAGGUUUUGUACAUAUUACCUUUCUGUUUCAAUCUCCUUGCAAUCAAUGCACUUGUUUAGCAAUGAAUAGAAUUGAUUAUAACCUUUGGAAGGGUCCUUAGGGAGUCAAUGCCAUAGUUAUGUUGAUUGCAUAUAUAUAAUAAUUUUUCUUCUGAAGUUCGAGAAAGAUGCGAUCCUAUGUUUUCUUGAGGGUUUUCCAUUCAUUUUGGCGCAUUCAAGGAAAUCAUGUCGAAGUUUACCCAUAAAAGAGCAAAUUUUUUGUUAGAGAUGGAGAAUCAACCGUAUAUGUUAUUUACACAACUAGAAGAAUCAACUGGCGUUCUUUGCUUGUGCUAGCAAUGAAACUUUGCAGUCAUGGUGAAUGUUAAGCUUCAGGCUAGUAUGGCAUUUUAGUUCUCAAAUAUUGUGUCCUGCUUAGCGGUUUCCUCUUUCUCGUCUUCCCUCUCAACCCAGGCGACACUGCAAUUUGAAAUGUUUAAAGCAACUGGUAGUCUCUCUUUCUCACUCAGAUCUUGGAUUACUUUUCUGGUAUGGUUUUUAUUUAAGUGAAUGUUCAUUGUGGGGUUAAAAUAUGUAGGCUAAUGUAAGGCCAAGAUGGUUUAUUGGACAAAGCAUAGUUCUAUCUAUGUGUGUAGGGGCUUUGAGAGCUUGAAUUUGGAAGAUGAGAAUUAAUUUUACGAAACAUAUGAGAUGCUUGUUUUCAGAGUAAAGGGAAUGAAGUUUUACAAUUGGAGUGAAGGAUCUACACACCAUUAUAGCUUUUGUAAGGUUUACUUUGAGAUAUAUUUGAGUUUCAUUUUUAGUUUUUCUCAUCAACAUCAAAGGUUGAUCUGAUGAUUCAUUGGAUAAAAUGUUAAUAAAAGCAUAUAAUAAAGAGUAAUUUACAA